AUGUCAAUGAGAGAAUAUAAAAUGAAAAGAGACGCUCUUCGUCCUAAAGUACUGGAUAAAUAUGAAAUUAUAGGCUUCAUUAGUUCUGGUACUUAUGGUCGAGUUUAUAAAGCAAGAUCUAAAAACAAAGAUGAUCAUCGUGAAUUUGCGAUUAAAAAAUUUAAACCAGAUAGAGAAGGUGAUAGUCAUCAUUAUGUCGGCAUUUCACAAUCAGCUUGUAGAGAAAUUGCAUUAUGUAGGGAACUUCGACAUGAAAAUAUAGUUGCAUUAGAAGAAGUAUUAUUAGAGGAUAAAGCUAUUUAUAUGGUAUUUGAAUACGCAGAGCAUGAUUUUCUGCAAAUCAUUCAUUAUCAUUUACACACAGAAAGAAAACCUAUUGCAGAAGUAGUUGUGAAAUCAGUAUUAUGGCAACUUUUGAAUGGAGUUGCUUAUCUUCAUUCCAACUGGGUAUUACAUCGAGACUUAAAGCCUGCUAAUGUCAUGUUAACAAGUGACGGUGUUGUAAAGACAGGUGAUCUAGGCCUUGCAAGAAUAUUUAGUAAACCAUUACAACCUUUGUUUAAUGGAGAUAAAGUGGUUGUGACUAUUUGGUAUCGUGCACCUGAAUUAUUGUUUGGAUCAAGACAUUACACAAAAGCAGUUGAUAUGUGGGCAGUUGGAUGUAUCUUUGGUGAACUAUUAGCAUUAAAACCUAUAUUUAAAGGUGAAGAGAUUAAAAUGGAUGGUAAAAAGACAGUUCCAUUUCAAAGAAGUCAACUUACAAAAAUAUUUGAAAUUAUGGGUACACCUACAAAGGAAAGAUGGCCGACAAUAGAUCAGUUACCAGACUAUCAUCAACUAAGUUCUUUUCCACAAUGUCCAAAUAAUCUUAAACAAGUUUAUCAAAUGAUGUUAAGUCCAAAGAAAUAUGAUCCUGCUAAAAGAAUUACAGCAGAAAAAGCAUUAAAUCAUCCUUACUUUCAAGAAGACCCAAAGCCAGUCAUGAAUGUUUUGGCACAGCAAGGAAUUGAAUAUCCUCUUCGUAGGAUUACACAAGAAGAUAACGAUAUUAAAGCAUCUAAAGGUUCGAAAGUCGCAAUACCAACUAAUAAAGAUGAUCAUGGUAGAAUGUCAAAAAAGCCUAGAAAUGCAUAA